GCGCGGCCACCGUCGUUUGGGGAGGCAGGGGGCGGGGAAAAGGGUGGGAGGUGGGUGAGCGCGCGCACUGCCCGUCCGUCGUGGUUUCCUGGCUGCGCGCGGCGGUGGCUGAGAAGCUGCAGCUGGAGCAGCAGCCGCGAAGAUGGCGGAGGGGUUGGAGCGUGUACGGAUGUCCGCGUCCGAGCUGCGAGGGAUCCUGGCUACUCUGGCUCCGCAGGCCGAGAGCAGAGAAAACAUGAAGGAAUUAAAAGAACCCAGGCAGCGUAAAGAUAACAGGCGCCCAGAUCUGGAAAUCUAUAAGCCUGGUCUUUUUCGACUGAAGAACAAAUCUAAAGUUAAGGAACCUUCUGGGCUUGAGGAAUGUAAGGAUGAAAUUAUCAAUGACAGAGAUUUUUCUGCUGUCAGAAAUGGCACACAUGUUAAAGAUGUCUGCAAGGAACUGAACAACCAACAGCAAAAUGGUCCUGUUGACCCAGAAACUAUUCGGGGACAGGAAUCCUUUUCUAAAACUACUGGACAAGAGGAUCGAAGUUUAAGAAUUAUCAAAAGAACAAAGAGACCUGACCUGCAAAUCUAUCAACCUGUUCGGCGUUUACAGACUGUUACCAAAGAAUUGGCCAGCUGCGUGGAUGAGGAAGAAAUUGUCAACCAGGUAGAGCAACUGAGAGUAGAGGAAGAUGGGUGUAGGAGAAAUGUGAAAGAAGAGGUUAUGAACAAACCAGAGAAAGAUGAGAUGGAAAAGAGCCCAAAUGGUGACAGAGUACGAGCUGCAAAAGGAGAGAAAGGUAAGCGUAUUGAAAAGGGGGAGGGGAUGAAGAAAGAGAAUGAUGACCUGUCGCAGGGGAAGCCAGGUUCUGCAAAGCGCUACUCCCGCUCAGACAAACGAAGAAAUCGCUACCGUACUUGCAGUACCAGUUCAGCUGGUAGCAGCAACAGUGUUGAGGGAGUUGGCCUGACUGACAGUGGAUGUCGACGCCGGCGACAGGAUCGUACCAAAGAGAGGCCACAACUGAAGAAGCAGUUAUCCAUGUCCUCAACCGACUCCUUGGAUGAGGACAGAAUUGAUGAACCUGAUGGAUUAGUGCCUAGGAGGAGCUCAGAAAGGAAGAAGCAUUUGGAAAGAAGCUGGUCUGGCCGAGGUGAAUGUGAGCAGAAAAGCAAUGGUAAAGAAAAUCGAGGCACUCUUCGUGUCACCUUUGAUGCAGAAACCAUGAACAAAGAUUCCCCCAUGGUAAGAUCAGAUAGGGAGGAUGUGGAUAGGCUAAAAUCUGACAGGAGCUUGAGCAGUGGGGGCAAAGCCUCUGAGAAGCAGGAGUCCCAAACACUAAAACGCGAACUUCGAGGUCGUGGUCGUGGCAUCCUCAUCCUGCCAGCCCAUACCACCUUGUCUGUCACUUCAGGCUCUCCAGAGGCCACACCUUUGCAACCUCGGCUUUUAUUUGGAUCCGGCAGUAAAGGAUCUCGGAAUUGGGGCCGUGGAGGCACCACCCGCCGACUGUGGGACCCAAACAAUCCUGAUCAGAAACCUGCUCUUAAGAGCCAGAUACCCCAGCUGCACUUCUUGGACACUGAUGAUGAAGUCAGCCCUACAUCUUGGGGUGAUUCCCGCCAGGCCCAAGCAUCUUACUAUAAGUUUCAAAACUCUGACAAUCCCUAUUAUUACCCCCGAACAACAGGCCCAGCCUCCCAAUACCCCUAUACAGGUUAUAGCCCUCUGCAAUACCCAGUGGGCGCUACAAAUGGUGUAUACCCAGGCCCUUACUACCCAGGCUACCCAACUCCAUCAGGCCAGUAUGUUUGUAGCCCUCUUCCUACCAGCACCAUGAGUCCUGAGGAAAUGGAGCAACACAUGAGGAACAUGCAGCAACAAGAGCUACAUAGGCUUCUUAGGGUGGCUGACAACCAGGAACUGCAGCUCAGCAAUUUGCUCUCCAGGGAUCGCAUUAGUCCUGAAGGUCUCGAGAAGAUGGCUCAGCUCAGAGCUGAAAUGUUGCAGCUAUAUGAGCGCUGUAUUCUAUUAGAUAUUGAGUUCUCUGAUAAUCAGAAUGUGGAUCAGAUCCUGUGGAAGAAUGCUUUCUAUCAGGUGAUCGAGAAGUUCAGGCAGCUUCUCAAGGAUCCGAAGGUUGACAACCGUGAACAGAUUCGGAACAGACUUUUAGAGCUCUUGGAUGAGGGAAGUGACUUCUUUGAUAGUUUGCUCCAGAAGUUACAAGUUACUUACAAGUUCAAACUCGAGGACUAUAUGGAUGGUCUUGCUAUUCGCAGCAAACCAUUGCACAAGACAGUCAAAUAUGCCUUGAUCAGUGCUCAGAGAUGUAUGAUUUGUCAAGGAGACAUUGCUAGGUAUCGGGAGCAAGCCAAUGAUACAGCAAACUAUGGGAAAGCACGCAGUUGGUACCUGAAGGCUCAGCACAUUGCUCCCAAAAAUGGGCGCCCAUAUAACCAGUUGGCUCUGCUGGCAGUGUAUACGCGGAGGAAGCUUGAUGCAGUAUAUUACUAUAUGCGUAGUUUAGCUGCCAGUAACCGUAUCCUGACUGCCAAGGAGAGCCUAAUGAGCUUGUUUGAAGAGACCAAACGAAAGGCAGAACAGAUGGAAAAGAAGCAGCACGAGGAAUUGGAAUUGAACUCUGACCAAUGGCGGAAAGGAAAGAAGUCUACUUUCCGGCAUGUUGGAGAUGAUACCACUCGCCUGGAGAUCUGGAUCCAUCCAUCCCAUCCCCGGUCUUCUCAGGGCACUGAGUCUGGGAAGGAUUCUGAACAGGAAAAUGGGUUGGGUAGCCUGAGUCCUAGUGAUCUGAACAAAAGGUUCAUCCUCAGUUUUCUCCAUGCCCAUGGGAAGCUGUUUACCCGGAUUGGGAUGGAGACCUUCCCGGCAGUGACUGAAAAGGUCCUCAAGGAGUUCCAGGUGUUACUGCAGCAUAGUCCCUCUCCCAUUGGAAGUACCCGCAUGCUGCAGCUGAUGACCAUCAAUGUGUUUGCUGUGCAUAACUCCCAGUUGAAAGACUGCUUCUCUGAGGAAGGCCGGUCUGUGAUCCAAGAGCAGGCCACAGGUCUGGGGUUGGCCAUGUUUUCCCUACUGGUGCGACGCUGCACCUACUUACUUAAGGAGUCCGCCAAAGCUCAUCUGUCCUCUCCAGAGGACAAGGAUGACCAAGAUGACAUCAAGGUGUCUUCCUUCGUCCCGGACCUGAAGGAACUGCUCCCCAGCGUGAAAGUCUGGUCAGAUUGGAUGCUUGGCUAUCCAGACACUUGGAACCCUCCACCCACAUCCCUGGAUCUGCCGUCACAGGUUGCUGUGGAUGUGUGGUCGACACUGGCUGAUUUCUGUAACAUACUGACUGCUGUGAAUCAGUCUGAGGUGCCACUGUACAAGGACCCGGAUGAUGACCUCACCCUUCUUACCCUGGAAGAAGAUCGGCUUCUCUCGGGCUUUGUCCCCUUGCUGGCUGCCCCUCAGGACCCCUGCUACGUGGAGAAAACCUCGGAUAAGGUUAUUGCAGCCGACUGCAAAAGGGUCACAGUGCUGAAGUAUUUUCUGGAAGCCCUUUGUGGACAAGAAGAGCCUCUGCUGGCAUUCAAGGGUGGAAAAUAUGUGUCAGUGGCACCCGUCCCAGACACCAUGGGAAAGGAAAUGGGAAGCCAAGAGGGAAAACAACUGGAAGAUGAGGAAGAGGAUGUGGUGAUUGAAGACUUUGAAGAGGAUUCAGAGGCUGAAGGCAGUGGGGGCGAAGAUGACAUCAGGGAACUUCGGGCCAAGAAGCUGGCUCUGGCCAGGAAAAUAGCUGAACAGCAGCGUCGCCAGGAAAAGAUCCAGGCUGUCUUGGAGGACCAGAGUCAGAUGAGGCAGAUGGAACUCGAGAUCAGACCCUUGUUCCUCGUUCCAGACACCAAUGGCUUCAUUGACCACCUGGCCAGUCUGGCAAGGCUGCUGGAGAGCAGGAAGUACAUCCUGGUGGUGCCCCUCAUCGUGAUCAAUGAGCUUGACGGCCUGGCCAAGGGACAAGAAACAGACCAUCGGGCUGGGGGCUAUGCCCGUGUGGUACAGGAAAAGGCCCGGAAGUCCAUCGAAUUCCUUGAGCGGCGAUUUGAGAGUCGGGACUCUUGCCUUCGGGCACUGACAAGUCGUGGUAAUGAACUCGAAUCCAUCGCCUUCCGCAGUGAGGACAUCACUGGCCAGCUGGGGAACAAUGAUGACCUGAUCCUCUCCUGCUGCCUCCACUAUUGCAAAGACAAGGCCAAGGACUUCAUGCCCACUAACAAAGAGGAGCCAAUCAGGCUACUGCGGGAGGUGGUACUAUUGACGGAUGACCGGAACCUUCGUGUGAAGGCACUGACAAGGAAUGUGCCCGUUCGGGACAUCCCAGCCUUCCUCGCAUGGGCCCAGGUGGGCUGAGGGGGCACUCAAGGGCCUGCUCCCAUGGAACCGUUCCUGAAAGGCCACCAGGUGCCCAGUGUAGCACGGAAGAUGCCCAUGUGCCUGAGCUACCAAUCCACCCAGACAAUAAACCAUCCUCUUCCAAUCCACACUGUGGCCGUGCUGUGGCGGAGCUGCUCCUCACAGAGCCCCUCUCAAGGGUCGGGCGGAAGCUGCUGGGACCCUCCUGGGCUGUCAAGAUUUAGCAGGGAGGUGGCUGGCUGCAGCGACAGCAGGUGGGCGAGCCAGAUGGGUCACUGUGCUCUCAGCCUUUUCCCUCCCCCUAUAUGGUUCAAGGGCUGAGGUAAGGCCUUCUCGCCCUAGACACUUGGCCACUUUCUGAGGUGGAGAUGGGGCAGAGGGUUGAAAGUGUCCAUCAGAUGCAGGUGAAACUACAAUUCCCUUUAAUCUUCUUUCUUUAGAAUCCUCAUCCUCCCAUUCUCAAUCUGUGUCCAAGAGGUUUUGGUUAUACCAUGAAGAGAGUGCCCAGGGUGUGUCUCCCACUCCCUGGGCCAGGAUAUAUAUACCCAUGAACCCAUGUUGGGUUCUGGACACCAUGUCUCCCCACCCCUCACAGCCAUCCUCCCUUACUUCUUCCUGCCCUUAACAUCCUGGAUUGUACUUGCCACUUGUCUUUCUUUUUGAAUGGUCAUAGAUCUAGAGGAAAGGGAUAUCUGGUCUC